AUGACACAUCAAAAUAUUAUAGCGGCAUUAUCAUUAGAAAAAGGUAAAUCGUCAAAAUCGUUUUCUCCAGCAUUUGCGUUUUGGGCCAGAAAAAAUUUCGAGAAAAAAGAAAUUUCAGGUGUUGAUGUUUUAUAUUGUAUAUCGAGUAAAAAGCCAGUUUGUAUUUAUGAAUCAUUUUAUCAUGUUAUCCAAGAAUGUCACAAAAGUAUUUCACAUGGUGGUCGCGACAAAACAAUUGCUGAAGUUGCAGCACAUUAUUCGUGGAUUUCAAGAAAUGUUAUUGAAAUUUAUCUGAAACAUUGUUCAGUUUGUCAGCUACGAAAACCGAUUAAACAUCCAGUCGUUUCAAAGCCCAUUAUUUCGUUAGGUGUCAUGACGCGUCUUCAAAUCGAUUUGAUUGAUAUGCGAACACGUCCGGAUGUUAUAUCAAUUGAUGUUUCGUAUUUAUGGAUUUUAAACUGCAUUGGCCAUUUUUCUAAAUUUUCGUGGAGUUACCCAUUGCAGAGUAAAUCAGCGGUUGAAGUGGCUCAAAAAUUAAGAGCAUUAUUUUUCGUUUUCGGACCGCCACGUUUAUUGCAUUCGGACAACGGAGCCGAGUUUGUCGCUAAUGUUAUCGUUGAAUUGAAAGUAUUAUUUCCAGACAUGUGUUUUGUACGAGGUCGUCCCCGUCAUCCCCAAUCUCAAGGUUGUGUUGAGCGUGCAAAUGGUGUUUUGACGGUUGCUUUAGGCAAAUGGUUAGUAGACAACAAUUCAAGUCACCGGUCAGGAGGUUUGUUACCUGUCGUUUAUAGAAUCAAUACACGUGUGGCUGCUGCAACAAAAUGUACUCCAUACGAGGUUAUGUUCGGUCAGCGUCCGAGAUCCAAUUCCGAUUUUUGGAAGAUUGUGCAAGAUCAAGAUAUACAAGAUGAAGUUCAACUACCAACACCUGUUGAAGAAAAUGAAGAUUUACAAGAUGAAGUUGAUGUUACGAAUCAAUUAAAUUCAUCGCUUAUUGAUUUAUCGUUCAACAUUAUUGAUAAUCCGUCAUCUGAUGAUUUGUUGUCGAAUAAUUUAAUGUCGUUUAAUUCACCAACUACUGCUUCUUUUCCACCACGUUUGCCAUCUAGCCCAAUAUUUGAUUUAAACGAUUCAUUAAUUCCACCUGAUUCACCGGUUGAAACUAAUCCAAAAACAAGUGCUGAAAUGCUCUUCCACGAUCUAGAUGUUUUUAUUGAUCCGCUUUCUUCGGUUGUUGUCCAGCCAAAUGUUAUUCCUGAACUUAAAUCAAAACCAUCAAUUCCAUUUCCAUCUAUCCGUAAUACCAGUCAAUCAUCAAUACCAGUUGCCGAUUUAUUAGCUAUAUUAUCCACAUCACCCAUACCAUCUACCUCCGGUGUUCCAUCUUCGACCAAUAACGUUUUUAAUAUUUCCUCACCUCGACAUACUCUAGUUCCCGAACAGUUCAAAUUACGUGAUUGCGUUGGUAUUCCAAUACAUUCUGUUGAUCGUACAAAUACCGAUGCCAAAUUACUACCAUGCUUGAUUAUUGCAAAAGAAAAAAAAGGUGACGAUGUUGGAUUUCGAUUGGCUUGCCAGUUUGGUGAAAUGCAAAAUUGGUACACAGUAGAAUCACUUGUUGAUUUGAGAUCUUCAUGUCCAUCUUAA